AUGGGCCUGGGCACUCAACUCGAAUUUUUCUUUACUGCUCGUGGCACCGAGUUGCAACGCACACCCUUAGGGAUGCUCAGGUCAUUGCUCAACCAACUCUUUCUCUACGAUGCGACCGUGCGUCCUUUAGUGCGUGCGGCAUAUAAUAGACGACAUGAGAAGUUUGCGGGUGGCGAGCACAAUUCGGAAUGGCCACAGAAGCUGCUAGAGGAGUUACUAGAAAAGGCAAUCCUGAUGUCGGCCACUCACCAGCAAGUGACUAUUCUCGUGGAUGCUCUGGACGAGACUGGCCAGUUUUCUGCGCAGCAGCUGGCAGAUUAUUUCCACCAGCUUAAUCGUUCUGCGCGUCGUGCUCGGGUUACCCUGAAAAUAUGCUUCUCGUGCAGACACUAUCCAAUUGUGGACAGUGACGAGACCAUUGAGAUAACGGUCGAGCAUCAUAAUUUCAUGGACAUCGCCUCCUACGUCAGGGACAAACUUCCUUGUCGAGUUCGUGACCAAGAUGCCUGGCGAAGCUUGGCAAACGAACUGAUCAAGCAGGCAAAUGGGGUAUUCCAAUGGGUCCAUAUCAUCAUGCCUACCAUCCAGCGGAAGAUUCUUCAUCAGCAUUCGGCUGAAGAUAUCCGUAAAUGGUCACGUACGGUGCCGAGCGAGCUUGAAGAAAUGUAUCUGGACACACUGGAACGUGUCAUGACAAUUGAAAAUCCGCAAGAAGUGUUCUUGUUCUUUCAGUGGCUAUGCGCGGCCGAGCGACCCCUUAGCAAAACAGAAAUGCGGUAUGCCUUGACGACGAAACAUGCCACAAUACCAUCAAGCCAGCCAUGGGAGCAGAUAGGCGGAUUUAUCAGAUACGACGAGGACAUGGAUUUCAAGAUCCAAGCGCUUUCUGGUGGACUGGCCGAAAUAGGCUUCUACCGCGAGGAUACUGCCGUACUGGUAGUCCACCAAACAGUCCAUGACUUUUUGCGUAACAAGGGACUGCUUCACCUGAGGUCAAAGGUUGUCGAUAAAAGCGCGCCAACCAUUGAAAGCAAAGAAAUGAUUCUUCAAUGCCAUGCGACGCUCUACCAAUCAUGUUUGGUCUAUUUUACCAGAGAGGCUCUUCCCGAACAUGAGAAAGGCAAGGGUUUUUCGCAAGUACCAUUUCUUUUUUAUGCAACCACGAAUCUUUUUGUGCAUGCAGAAAAGGCUGGAUCGUCUCGAACGAUCGUCAAUCUUUUCAGUCAUGCAGAAGUGCACAAAUGCCCUCAUUCACAUGUGCUACAUGAUGAAGUGCAGACACUGUGGGAGCUUCUUGACCGAUGGCUCAAUAUCUCAAAGAUGGUCAGGGUAGUCAAUCAGCAUCUGGGAUGGAUAGACCGGGAAGAGUAUUACCGUUACGGAAGAAUAGGAGACCGAGAAGAGCAUUACCGAUACGGAACGACGCUGUUCCAUAUGGCAGCAGCUGCGAACAUGGUCGAUGUUUUGGAUUACCUGAUCCGAAACAAUGAGGACAUCGAUCAGACAGAUAUAGCAGAGCAGUCAGCUUUUCAUUUAGCGGCGCGACGCGGUCAUAUGAAAGUGGCUCAAAUGCUCAAGAAGAAGGGGGCAGAAUAUGACAGAAAGAGUAUCCCCGGAGGGACACCGCUAGAGGAAGCAGCAGAACAUGGACAUGCGGAAUUCGUCGAAUGGCUUCUGAACAACGGAUUUACCAUCGAGACAAGAUCAAGAAAAGCCGGAAGCGCUUUGCUGGCCGCUUCGUUAAGCCGCCGUAGAGAUACGGUGAAUUUCCUGAUCCGAGCCGGGGCCGAUGUCAACACUCAGGGUGGUAGAUACGGUACCGCCCUACAGGCCGCUGCAUCGACGGGGAGCGCCGAGGUGGUGUGGAUACUAAUGAAGGCCGGGGCCAAGAUCAAUACCCAAGGUGGUGAAUACGGCAAUGCCCUACAGGCCGCUUCAUGGGCAGGGGGCGCCGAGGUGGUGCGGAUGCUAAUAAAGGCCGGGGCCGAAAUCAAUGCCCAGGGUGGUAAAUACGGCAAUGCCCUGCAGGCCGCUGCAUCAAUGCGGCGCGGUGAUGUGAUGCAGCUGUUAAUCGACGCUGAGGCCAAUGUGAAUGCCCAGAGUGGUAGCCAUGGCAGCGCCCUACAGGCCGCUGGUGGUGAAUACGGCAACGCCUUACAGAUCGCUGCAUGGCUGGGGAGCGCCGAGUUGGUGCGGAUACUAAUCAACGCCGGGGCCGAUGUCAAUACCCAGGGUGGUAAAUACGGGAACGCCCUGAAGGCCGCUGCAGCAGGGCAGGGGGACACCGGCGUUGUGCAGAUACUACUCAAAGCCGGGGCCAAGGCCAUUACCCAGGGUGGUGAAUAUGGCAACGCCAUGCAGGCCGCUGCAUCCAAGGGGGACGCCGAGAUGGUGCGGCAGCUGCUCAACGCCGGGGACCUGAUACCUACUCCUAUAAAGAAGCCAGAAAUGACCAUGAGAAAACGGGGUCUUGAACAGGUUAUCAUGAGUCUGGCUGGUGAUAGAGUGUUGUGGUCAGCGAACUAG